UCUGCCUACCUACGAAAUCUAAGAAAGUCUUUCCACGUCAGCACGCCGACACACGGAGAGAUAUGGCGAACCAAAACAGCCUCCACCUGACUUACCGAGAAGCCACACACAGUGACUACGACGCCGUCAUGAACAUGGCGUCAGUAGACACAUUCCGGGACGGGUUCGACUACCUGCCCGCCAAGUUUCACCAAUGGGUGGACGACCCGGAUGUCAUAAUGUUUGUAGCGGAAGCUAACGACAAAGUGGUAGGCUUGUAUGUCUCCAUUAUAACUGAUGGCGGUGCUAAUGUCCUGAGCAAAACCAUCCGGAUAGCCCCAGAACUGCAGGGGAAGAAGAUGCAGUCCAAAAUGGCAGCUGAACUUGAUACAACUCUGAGGCAUACACAUCCGCAGCUGUGGAAACUUGAGGUGCAUGCCCUUUCGGACGUCAAGCGUCUCUACCUUACAAAAGUCUUUCCGAACAAGAAGGACAUCUGUUUUAUAGAUGUCAUGUUCUUCCAAGGCAUGUCAAACGAAGUCCUGGAUAGUUUGGAAACCAAGGAUGUUCUUCCAUCCCAUCCACAACCACCAGUAGUGCCCUACCAACCUUCCGACAUGGCGCGGCUGGCAAGACCAGAGUUCUCACAGCAGAUCCUAGUUGACAAUACUAUUUUUGUAGAUUGGGACCCGUAUCAGCUUAGUGCCUCCAACUUACGUUUGUUCUCAAAGCAGAGUGCCACUAUUCUUGUCGACACUAGCGAGCCUACAGCUAAGAGUUUGAGUUUUGGUGGCAGUUAUAUGACACCAAGGGGAAGAUUGUAUCACGUAGAUGUACACUGUAGAGAUGUAGCUCUGUGUCAGGCUCAUAUCAAACACCAUGUAGGCAGAGCUUGUCAUGAGUACGAAGGGAUGAUCACGUUCUGUGUAAUGUUGAUUGACCCGUGCCUGAAAGCCACAAGCAAAACCUUUUGUGUAGAGAGGUUGGGCCUCGUUCACCUUCCCCACGACCACAGGUACUUGUAUUUCAAAUAUCAGAAUCCAGAAUUGGAUCCUAGCCAGUCACGCCUUUGAAAGACCACAAGACCGUAGACAUGCCACACGCAUGAGAGUGAUUCCCACACAUUUAAGCUUUGUAAUAAAAACAACAUUUGAGAUAUAUGCAGUGCAUAUAUCACUUCAUUUGGACAAGAUACCAUCAGGAAGGCGAACCCAUGUGCUUCAGUGUGACCAAAAUAUCAAACUAAUGAUGUUAAAAUGGUUUGUAGGGGAUAAUUAUUAAGUAACUUAAGGUUACGCAAAUGUUUGUUCAACGCUUCUAAUGUACAAAUGUAGUAAAAAAUGUCUAGAAAUUGUUCAAAUAU